GCUGCCGCCCGUGCCGGCCGCCUGCGCCUCAACGAGGAGCCCGUGCGCGACCUGGACAUCGUGCUCAAGAACAACGACUUCCUCAGGAACACGGUUCAUCGGCACGAGCCGCCAGUCACUGCCCAGCCCAUCCGUAUCCUGGCAGAGGAUGAGGAGGUGGUGGUGGUGGACAAGCCUUCGUCCCUGCCCGUCCACCCCUGCGGAAGGUUCCGGCACAACACCGUCAUCUUCAUCCUGGGCAAGGAGCACGGCCUGCGGGAGCUGCACACUCUGCACCGCCUGGACCGCAUGACCUCGGGCGUGCUCAUGUUCGCCAAGACCGCGGCCGUGUCCAAGCGCAUCGACGAGCAGGUCCGGCAGAGGCAGCUGGAGAAGGAAUACGUCUGCCGGGUGGUGGGGGAGUUCCCAGAGCACGAGGUGGUCUGUGAGGAGCCCAUCCUGGUGGUAUCCUACAAGGUGGGCGUGUGCCGCGUGGAUCCCAAGGGGAAGCCUUGCCAAACCCUCUUCCAGAGGCUCAGCUACAACGGCAGCAGCAGCGUGGUGAGGUGCCUGCCGCGCACGGGCCGCACGCACCAGAUCCGCGUCCACCUGCAGUUCCUGGGCCACCCCAUUGUCAACGAUCCCAUCUACAACAUGGAGGCCUGGGGCCCGGACAGGGGCAAGGGCGGGAAGAUCGGGAAGACGGAUGAGGAACUCCUGAAGGCUCUGGUAGAGGAGCAUCGUUCCAAACAGAGCCUGGAGGUCCUCGGUAUUGGGGAGGAGGACUUGAACUCCGGUGGUGAAAGUAAAGACUGUGGGAAUUCAGGUGACUGCACAAAGUCUGCUGAGGCUCAUCCUAUAAAUGGGAGUUCCUGUCCUGCUGAGGACGAGAAGGAUCCCGAGAGGGAUGACGCAGCAGCUUGCCCACUGAACUCUGAUAUAAACCUGGAAAUGCUUGAUAAAGACAAAGAGCUGAGUUUGUGUGGGAAUCAGGAUGGGCAAACGGGGGAGAAGGGUUGGGAAGAGAAGGACCCUUUGUGUGUGGAGUGCAGGACGAGCAGGCGGGACCCAUCUCCCAAGGAGCUGGUGAUGUUCCUGCACGCCCUGCGCUACAAGGGCACGGACUUUGAGUACUGCUCCAGCAUGCCCGAGUGGGCCAUGGAGGACUGGGAGGAAUGACCAGGAUACCUGGCACCUGUGGACACUGCUGGCCGGGACAGUGGCGUGCAAAGACCAAAAUUGACUUUUCAUUGUGGUUGAGGUGAACAAAGUGUGCUUUGAGCUGGGAUGGGAGGGAUCAGUGGGGCUGGAGAACUGUCCUGCUUCGCACAGAUGCUGCAAAAAGUGAGCAGGGAAACGAGGCUAAAACAGGAGCUUUAUGUUGCCCUUCAGUGAACCAGCACUUGAGGGCAACAAGGACCAAACUCUGCUCAGCACAGGCAACUUUGCCUUCACCUCAAUGGAUUCUGAAUCAAUUAUCCACAUGGAUAAUGAAGCACAUGCACAAAAAGAGUCAAAAACUGAUUUUUCUUCCAGCCUGCUGUGUUCUUGUGUCUUACAGUAAGAGCUGCUGGAUGUCAUGUCAUAAAAAACCCUGUUUUUACUGUGUUUUAUUGUCAGAUUGAUUUCAAAACUACAAGAUUACUCCUGAAAACACUGUGAGGUAAAACCAGAACACUGUGAUCUGUUUUGUGCCUGCUGUUUGUCAGCAAGAUCCACUUGCCUUUGAAAUUUUCAACAUUCAUUCAAAUAAUUACUUAAGUUAGUAGUUCUGAGUGCAGGUAUUGGGGCUGGUUUUGGAGGUACUGUUCCCCAGGUUUUGUCUCAAAGAGAUUUUUUAAUACCACUUCAGUAUGACAAUCAGCUUUCAAGAAAAACGUAAGCAGUUUUGUGAAGCAGAAGACUUUAAAAAAUAAUAUUGAAUGAUAAAUAUAACCAUAGUUCUUAUUUUUGUCAGUGUUUACACAGUUGAUUCUUGGCUUCUGGGCAGGUUUUUAUAUUAAUUUUGGAGAUCUCAGGCUGGCCAGCCCACCAGAAUUAGUACCUUCCUCCUGAAAUCACUUGAUGAUGUCACCAGGGUCAGGACAAUAAACCAUUGCAUGUUUCCAGCAGCCCAAAGGAGCCAAGUGAUGUCUUUUUCUCCUGGAUUAUCCAGCUGAUAUUGAGUAUUUCCAUAAAAAUUCACUCAGGGGUUUGAGCUUUGCUCUUCCACAUCCUGCAAGUGGUUUCAUUGUUCUAAUUUAAUUCCAGAUAUUUGGAGAGAUGAUGCUAAAGAUCAGUGUUAUCCAAACUUUUGAUUUUGGAAUAUACCUUUCGUGGAAAUAAAUGGAAUCUGGGCACCUUCACUGUAUCAAAAAGGGUGGGGAAAGGGGGUAGAUUUCGGGAUGGAAUUUAAAUUAGAUUUUGAUGUGACCCAUGUUACGCUGGGAGGUUUUUUGGUAAAAAAUUUGUUACAAAAAAAAUGGCUCUGUUGGGGAUUUUCUUGAUUGAGACUGGGGCCUAAGGGCCUGAUGAGGAACUUCAGCUCAGUACUGCUUUUUUCCCCUUUUCCUGGAAUAAUGGCUGCAGUUGGCAACUUAAUUUCCUGGUCAAGAACCCCCUGGGCUUCUGUUUCCAAGAUUGAGCAAUGAAAAUCUAGGAUUUAUUUCACAAGGAUCCUACCUCUAGUUGCAUUUAAUUUAAUUUAAGGUUAAAACAGUGUUUGAUGUUUUGUUAGCUGGGAAAAUAUUGCUCUUUUACAUGCCCUGUGAUAAAUUCCCAUCUGAGAUUGGGUCUGAGGUAAAUACAGGGUCCUGGUUGUGGGCAUAAAUUUUUCUAUACAAAGUGUAGGUCCUGGAAGAAUUCCUUUCUUUAGUACACCUUUACCUGGACACGUCUUGACUGUGCUGGGUUAGGUUUGGACUUGAUCUUGAAGAUCUUUUCCAUCCUAGAUGAUCCUAUAAUUCUGUCUUUAUCAGGAGAAUGUUUAUCUCACUAUGCUAAAGAACUUUUCCACACAAAUAAACCCUCCUGGCAAA